AUGCUGAUCCAGACCGUCCUUCUCGGCAUUCUUGGCCUCUUUGCCCUUCGUCUACUCGUGCUUUUGAACUCGGCUCUGAGUCCUCAUCCUGGCCCUUUUUGGGCCCGCUGGAGUAAAGCCUGGUACUUCAUACGAGUCUGGCGAGGAAGUUUCGAGCGCGAGAACGUAGCUCUUCAUCAACAGUAUGGACCCGUGGUCCGUAUAGCGCCAGACUGGUAUAGCAUUGACGAUCCUAGCGUCGUCAAAAAGAUAUACGGACUAGGCACAAAGUUCACUAAGACGGCCUGGUACAAUGCGUUUGCGCCCCCACGAUCAUGGCACUUGUUCGCCGACAGGGAUGAGAAGCGGCACGCGGGAGAGCGCAGGAAGUACCAAGCGAUGUAUUCAAUGACCUCUAUGGUACACUACGAGACUCUCGUCGAUGAAUGCGCAGCGCUAUUUGUGAAGCGUUUGGACGAAUGUGCGAAGGGUCAAGAAGAAAUCGAUAUGGGCCAUUGGUUCCAGUGCUAUGCAUUCGAUGUCAUCGGCAAUAUCACAUAUAGCAAGCGUUUCGGGUUUCUAGAUCAUGGGAAGGAUGUGAACGGUGUGAUCGCCGGUCUCCAGCACGGGCUUGUGUACGGAUCUCUGGUCGGGAUUUACGCUCGCCUACACCCCAUGCUAUUUCGCUUGAUAAAAUUGCUUGCUGGUAGAGAGCGCAGGGGGUUCGCCCACGUCAGUCAAUUUACGCAAGUAUCGAUUGAUGAGAGACAGAGAAUCAAGCAGACUUUGAAGGACGAGAGCGAAAGGAUCCACAAAGAGCUAAUGCAAGAACGACAACGACCUCUCGAUUUUCUUGACAAGAUACUCCAAGCCCACAUCGAAGACCCGGGGAGAGUUACGCCCUUUGACAUUAUGGCAGUCUGCCAGAACAACGUAGUGGCUGGAUCCGACACCACGAGCAUUACUCUUUCCGCCAUUCUUUAUCACCUGCUUGGAAACGUUGAAGCGUUGCGAAAGCUUCAAGAGGAAAUUUUCGAGCACGAGUGUAACGGUCGCUGUGGAAAGCCGUUCGUAACGUUCAAAGAAAGCCAAGAGAUGCCAUACCUCCAAGCAGUGAUUAAAGAAGCUCUCCGGAUGCAUAGCGCUACUGGCUUGCCGCUUUGGAGAGAUGUGCCCGAGGGAGGAUUAGAGUGUUCGGGGUGGUUCAUUCGUCCUGGUAGCGUUGUUGGCAUAAAUGCAUGGUCUGCUCAUUACAAUCAAAAUAUCUUUGGCCACGAUGCGAACGAGUUCAAGCCUGAAAGAUGGAUAAACCGGGACAAAGAAGGAUUGCGGGCUAUGGAAGCUUAUUGGAUGCCGUUUGGAUUCGGUGCAAGGACUUGUCUCGGCAGACACAUUUCUAUGCUUGAGAUUUCGAAGCUGAUUCCACAAUUAAUUAGAGAUUUCGAUUUCGGACUCGUCAAAUCUGGAAAGCAGUGGGAGACUCGCAACGCCUGGUUCGUCAAACCAGUUAACUUCAUGGUCAGGGUGAAGAGUCGAAACAAUAAGUGCGCUGAGUAG